AUGGAUCUGUUGAAGUACAACAGUCCAUGGGCGCUUUAUGAGGAGGAGAUUCCUCACAGCAGGAUUUGCGAUGCUCCGAGUCCAGCAGAGAUCUUGACCCCUGCACAUCUGCAGCGGCUGCGGGACGCGUUCACCAGCGCUGCUCACGUGACCAGGCUCCACAGAAAACAGCGGAAUAACAACCAUGUGCACAGUCACAUGGUGUUUGAGGAGUUUAGUGCAGUCCUCCAGUCUGUGCUUCAGUCUGAGGCUGAACCUGCAUGGGCCCAACGCUUCUUUGACGAGGUGGAUAUCUGCGGCUCAGGGCGGCUGAGCUGGCAGCAGCUGAGCUCCUACCUCCUGUUGGAGUACAGCCACAGACACCAGGCCUCUGUCCCAGCUGCCCUGCACCAAACACGGCCUCUGAUCAGACACUGCUCCCGAAACAAGCAGGAGCCCACAGUCCGUGUGGUGGCUGUUUUCUCUCCACCUCCAGUGCGCUACGUCAGUGUGAGUAAAGGAGGCCAGCUCAGUGUGUGGGAUAAAGACCUCCGCAUCACUCACACUCUCAGACUGGCUGGAGAUCCAACUGAGGAAGUGGCUCACACUAAAAGGUUCAGAGGAUGGGUGACUGAUGCUGUGUACAUGAAGAAUGCUCGGACGGUUGCCGUGGUCACCGACUCCAGGGACAUUCACUUCAUUAAUGUGUCCACAGCUCGUGCCUUUCAGGACUUCCACUUAUAUGGUUUUCCGAGUGUCCUGACGGCUGCUUGUUACUGGUACAACACACAGUACCCGUAUGAAUCGUCAGAGCUGCUCGUCGGCGAUGAAAUGGGAGGGAUUCACAUGUUGCGUUUUUUAACUCCGACCAAACGCCUUUUCAAGAACUCGAGCAAGAAAGAGAAGUGCACCCAGCGGAUCUAUCUUCAGCAUCUGAGAGAGCAGCAGAGCCCUGUGUCCUACUGCUGCCUCCAGAGUCUGCUCCAGCUGCCAAUCAACAGGAUGAUGAGUGCAGCAGGCCCCGGUCUGGUCCUGGCCUCUUCAGAGAGCUCGGUCACCUCUCUGGUCUGCAUCGAUCUGUCCACACAGCAACAUCCUUACGUCUGGAAGAUUAAAGAUGGAGUGAAAUGCUUCGACUACAACGAGCCUCUGCAGCUGAUCGUGACCGGAGGCAGCGACGGCGCCGUCCGAGUGUGGCCGCGUCAUGUGACCUCGUGUCCGCUGGCCACGCUGCUGGGUCACCACGCUGCAGUCAUCGAUGUCGCAAUCUUUCAACCUGUGGAGCAGGUUUUCAGCUACUCCAGCAAUGUGGAGCUGAGGAUCUGGGACGUCACCACUCAACAGUGUCUCAGAACCGUCAGGUUACAUUUCCCAUGUCUGCAAGAAACACAGAUUCCUGCUCACAGUCAUUUCCCGUUCCUUCUUCUGACUCCUCCUCUUCCCGACGACAUGAAGCCUCAUCUUGUGGUGGGAUGCAGAGACCACCUGGCCCUGCUCAGUCUGUCAGAGAGGCACAGAGGAGGGGGUCUGACUGACGCCCCACCAGACCCCCUCUCCUGUGCGUUAUACAACCCUGCUCUCCAGCAGGUGGUGACUGCUUCUAGAGGCUCCACAGUCUGUGUGUGGGACCUGGAGACCGGCAAGAAGAAAGUCCACAUCUCUAAUGCUCACGGAGAGGAGGAGCUGAGCUGCAUGACUCUAGACUCAUCACAAAGAAGGCUCCUCACCGGGGCACAGAACGGUACCAUCAAGGUGUGGAACUUGCUGAAUGGUCUUAACCUGCACAAACUGGAGCCUCUCAGUACAGCGGUCACCGGGCUGUUGUGUCUCCAUAACAAUCACAUAUUUGCUGUCGGUUCAAGUCAAUAUAUUGUUCAAUAUGAUCUGGUUCCUAAGGAUUUCCAAGUGAAAUCAGACAGGUCCUGGAAGUUAAGCGGACUCCACAAAUCAGACAUCGUUGCUCUGGCCCCUUGUCCUGCUUUAGACGUUAUUGCCACGGCAACACAAAGAGGGGAGGUCGUUGUGUGGAAGCUGGAAACACACAUGGCUCUUGUCAGUCUAUGUGGAGCCGGAGACACACCUGUGAAAGAUAGGACACCGGUAGAUUGCCUCAUUUUCCUACAACAUCGAGCAAGUAACAAACAUUUAAGACAAAAAGCCGUCUUGGUGUCGUCGCAGGCCGGUUGGGUUCGGUUCUGGAGCAUCACUGGUCACAAACGCCCUUAUGGAGAAUUCUUUGCUCCAGAGCAGUUGGAUGAAAGUGUUCUCAGCCUGAGUUCUGAUCAGGCACAGAACUCUCUGCUGGUGUGUGGGGACACCGCUGGCUGCCUUCACAUCUGGGACAUCUGUCAGUUUGGUCUGGACGUCCCAGAGCAGAGUCCGAGUCCUCCGCGGCUGCACUGCUGGAGGGCCCACACAGGGCCCCUGACCAGUGUGGAGGUCCUGCAGACUGUGGAUGGACUCUUCAUGCUGUCCGCCUCCGCUGAUGGGUCCGCUGCUCUCUGGACACAGGAUGGGGGCCGUGUGGGGUCUUUUGGACGGGGAAAGAUUACAGAUGCUAAAAGAGACAGACAGAGCAGCCUGACAGGAGAGCAGCGUGACCAGAGCCCUGACCCCUGUGACAGCGGUCAGACUCCACAGAGACGGGAUUUUGAAUGCAGUGAUUUUGAGACGGAACAUCCACGAGCUCCGACAGCCAGGCCUCUGGAGGAAGGCUGUAUCCCGACAGGAGACUCAUGGGGCGACAGAAGAUGUUUGUUCACCGACAGUGUGGACAUUUGA